AAUAAGCAAAAUCCAAAACUCAAAAAUUCCCAAAUUGAAAAACCCUCCUUUCCCGUUCCCUCAUUUGCGAAUCGCGCCACCGUCGCUGUUCGUACGCCACCACCAUACAUUCAUUCCACUCCACUUCUCUCACUCCCUCUCUCUCUCUCUCUCUCGACGAGCUGCAACUCCAGAAACCGCGACAAAGAGUUGAGAUGGAGAACACCGCCAAAACACCAAAUGGAGAACGCCGCCAAAUCAACAUCAAGCUCUGGCCCCCUAGUGAAAACACUCGGUUGAUGUUAGUUGAACGAAUGACGAAUAAUCUCUCCACACCAACAAUUUUCACCAGGAAGUACGGUAGUCUCGGUCAACCAGAAGCUGCAAAAUAUGCUAAACAAAUUGAGGAAUCAGCAUUUUGUUCAGCAAAUCAGCACUAUGAGCAAGAGCCUGGUGGUGAUGGAAGUUCUGCUGUGCAGUUGUACGCCAAAGAAUGCAGUAAGCUGAUACUGGAAGUUCUUAAGGAGGGUGCGAAACUAGAGGAAAAAGAAGCAUUGAAAUCCGAGGUUGAAUCUGCUCCUCAUGAGACCUUUUUUGAUAUUUCCAAAGGUCAGCGAGCAUUUAUUGAAGCGGAUGAGGCCCAAGUGUUAUUGAAUCCCUUGAAAGAGCCUGGAAAUUCUUACACUAAAAUAUGCUUUAGCAAUCGAAGCUUUGGUCUUGGUGCAGCUAAUGUGGCUGGACCAAUCCUAGCUUCCAUUAAGAACCAACUGAAGGAAGUGGAUCUGUCAGAUUUUGUUGCUGGAAGACCAGAGGCUGAAGCUCUUGAUGUUAUGAAUAUCUUCUCUGAAGCUCUGGAGGGUUCUCAUUUAAAGUAUCUGAAUAUCUCUGACAAUGCCUUGGGUGAGAAGGGAGUAAGGGCAUUUGCAAAGCUAUUAAGAUCUCAAACUAGCUUGGAGGAACUUUAUCUGAUGAAUGAUGGAAUUUCUAAAGAAGCUGCACAAGCGGUUUGUGAGUUGGUACCUUCUACAGAGGUACUUAAAGUACUUCAUUUUCAUAACAACAUGACUGGAGAUGAGGGGGCUAUUGCUAUUUCUGAGAUUCUAAAGCGUUGCCCUUUAUUGGAGGAUUUCCGAUGCUCGUCCACCCGAGUUGGUUCCGAAGGAGGGAUUGCCUUGACUGAAGCACUUGCACAAUGUAAGAAUCUGAAGAAACUGGAUCUUCGGGACAACAUGUUUGGUGUGGAGGCUGGUGUCAAACUGAGUGAGGCUCUAAAGAAACACCAGAACCUCACUGAUAUUUAUUUGAGCUACUUGAAUCUGGAAGAUGAUGGAACAGUAGCAAUAGCCAAUACUCUCAAGGAGUCAGCACCUUCACUUGCAGUGUUGGAGAUGGCUGGAAAUGAUAUAACUGCUGAAGCGGCUCCCAGCUUAGCUGCUUGCAUUGCUAGUAAGAAGUCUCUUGUGAAGUUGAACCUGUCAGAGAAUGAUCUGAAGGAUGAUGGUGCAAUUCAGAUAAGCAAAGCAUUCGGAGAAGGCCAUGAUCAACUCAAGGAAGUUGAUAUGAACCAGAAUUCUUUAACAACCACAGCUAGGAAGUUGGCCCAGGCAUUGGUGCAUUUGCCUGGGUUUAAGCUCCUAAAUGUAAAUGGAAACUUCAUUUCUGAGGAAGACUGCGAUGAGUUGAGGAGUAUCUUUAAAGAAUGUCAGGAAAAACUUGGACCCCUGGAUGAGAACGACCCUGAGGGUAAUGAUUUUGAUGACCCAGAAGGUGGGGAUGAAGAUGAAGGCAGCCAAGAUGAAUUGGAAGAGAAACUUAAAAAGCUUGACGUCAAUCAAGAAAACUAAAAGGACAUAGGUAAUCUUGCAGUCCUCAUGCAGAGUAGCAAUCAUUAGCUGUUGUAGAUUAUCUUCUGUGGAUGUGCUAAAUUUGAAGAGGAGAUGAUGCCGAUUCUUGAUGAAGCCACUGCUCACAAUGGGACCUUUUUUCCCGUUAAAUCUGCUUUAGAUUAUUCAGCAAUUUGUAUCAGCUGAAGGUACUUUCGACUUGGCCUGUAGACUUGUAACUUUUGGUACCCCAUGUUGGGGACCAUGGUAGGGUCCUUUUAUGCCCUUUCAAUCAUAUUUACUUGCUUUGAACCUUUGGCUAUGAAAAAUACUAAUGAGUUCUUAUUUUGCUUA